UCCCUCCUUCCCUCCCCUUUUGCACGGAGAAGUCGAAGCCUUGAAGCCGAUGCAGAGGCAGCCAACUGCUCCAUAUUUGGCUUCUCUUCCCUAUUUGCAUACAGUCCUGGGGAAGGAGAGAGAGGGAGAAGAAGAGAGCUGCACCGCAGACAUCACUCCUACUCCAAGGGCCGAAGGAGAACACCCGUCUCGCAGGGAGGGGGCACGAGCAAUAAUUAGAAUAAUUAUUAUAUAUGAUACCUCCCUCCCUCCAAAAAAAAGCAUUUUCAGAAAACAAACCCCAGCCCUUUGCGAUCAGCUGGCGAGACACUUUUUUAGAGCAACACUCAUCGCAACUCAUACAGGCGAUCCAAGCACUGAGUUUCUUGACCUCUCAAAGACAACCACCACGUCCAUUAUUGUUAUCUUCCCCAUUGAAAGAUGCUAUGUAAAUAAGCAGAAAACUAGCACAGUGGUUGAAUAUUUCAAGACUCAGAGGAUUUUUACAUCAAAGAAAAAUAGGAAAAGGCCUUGCUAAUUAUUCACAUCCUGGAGCACAAUGAAAGAGCUUUAAUGCACAGACUUCAAGUAAAAAGUGCUGCAGCAACAAGGACAGGGCGAAAACCUUACCAUUGCACCUGGGAACACUCCUUUCAUUUGAAGUCAGGAGAGCACGUGUACCAACACAUUUGAAAACUAAGCAGAAGAUUCUAAAGAAGAUUGUUCAGGCUGACAUGAGAGCACCACUGAAGGCCUGUGAGCAAUACAGCAACAACUGCAAAUUCUUCAAGGUGAAAUCUGAGAGACCUGACAGACAACAGUGAAUGUUAGAUGCUUGCAGAGGUUUGUGCUCACGGAGAUGAUUCCUCAUGAAGUCUCUGGUUCCGCUUCACAAAUCAAAUGUGACUUUCCACUUAGCAGACUGAAACCAGAGAUAGCCAGGCAGUGAAGCCACAGAAGAAAAGGGCUGGGGCUGGUGAAACAUGAAAUCCAACCAGGAGAGAAGCAAUGAAAGCCUGCCACCUAAGAAGCGAGAGAUUCCUGCCACCAGCCUGCCUUCUGAAGUGAAGCCAUUAGUUUUGGCCAGUGAAAAUCACCGUGCAGAUAACUUAACAUGGCUCUCAAGUACAACCAGCAGUCAGAGCGGUGUGAGUGGGCGGAGCAGAUCUGGAGGGACCUUGGUGGAGGCUGGGUCACAGCAGGGAAUAGGUUUACACAAAUCACUAUCUACAGGCAUGGAUUAUUCCCCACCUAGUGCUCCAAGGUCUGUUCCAGCCACUUCAACACUUCCCACAGUGUAUCCAUCGGCACUGUCACAGGCAGGGACACCUGUUUCCCCAGUGCAGUACACACAUCUGCAACACACGUUCCAGUUUGUUGGGCCCCAGUAUAGUGGACCAUAUGCCGGAUUCAUCCCUUCCCCACUGAUUUCCCCCACAGCCAGUUCUGCAACCAGCACAGCAGCCUCUGCCACUGCUGUUGCAACCACUCCAUCCCAGCGUUCUCAACUGGAGGCAUAUUCCACUUUGCUGGCCAGCAUGAGCAACCUAAGCCAGCAAGGGCACAAGGUUGAGCCACAUCUGGUCAGGACACCUGGAUUGAUCACAGCAGGGUCUCCACCACCUACCCAGCAAAACCAAUAUGUCCACAUUUCCAGCUCUCAGAGUUCUGUCAGAAAUGUUUCUCCUCCAGCCAUCCCAGUCCAUCUGCAUCCUCACCAGACAGUGAUUCCUCACGCAUUUGCUCUUGGUCCCUCCUCCCAGGUGGUAGUGCAAUACACAGAUUCAGGUGGCCAUUUUGUCACCAGGGAGUCCACCAAGAAGUCUGAGAGCAGCAGGCUGCAGGCUAUGCAAGCAAAAGAAAUACUAAAUGGAGAAAUAGAAAAGGGUAGGCGGUACGGCCUCUCGCCAUCCUCAGAAGUGAAUCUUGUCAAAUCUGGCAAUAAACCAUCUCCUCAUCAUUAUGAGGCCAGGCACGUGGUUGUCCACCCGGGUCCUACUGAUUAUAUUACACGGGAUUCCUCCAGUGUCCGGUCCUCUAUUAUGGUCGUCCCUAACAGUAACACAACUACUGCAGACAUGGAGAUCCAGCAUGGCACCAACCGAGAAACACCUCCUUCAGUCCUCAAUGAAAAGGGAAGCUUGCAUUUAGGAAAAACAGCCCACCGCUCCUAUGCUUUAUCUCCACAGCAGACUAUGGGUCAUGAAGGGGUAAAAGCAGUUGCCACUUUGUCGCCUCACACAGUCAUUCAGACCACCCACAGCGCCUCAGAGCACCUCCCCGUUGGGUUGCCAGCUGCGGCUUUCUACACAGGGACUCAGCCACCAGUCAUUGGCUACCUGAGCAGUCAACAGCAAGCCUUUGGCUAUCCUGGAAGUCUGCCACAGCACCUAGUAAUACCUGGAACCCAGCCCCUAUUAAUACCAGUAGGCAAUGCAGAUAUUGACUCAUCAGGGGUACCACCUGCUAUGGCCACGUCAUCUCCACAGCUGGCAGCAGUGCCUCACACGUUUGUCACAACCACCAUUCCAAAAAGUGAGAAUUUUAAUGCCGAGUCACUUGCAAGUCAGCCGGCUUACCAGGCAGCAGUGGUGCAGGCUCAGAUCCACCUUCCCUUGGUCCAGUCAGUUCCUUCUUCGGCAACUGCUCCUCCGACACUGCCUCCUUACUUCAUGAAAGGGUCUAUCAUUCAGUUGGCCAAUGGGGAACUGAAGAAAGUAGAAGAUUUAAAAACAGAAGACUUUAUACAGAGUGCAGAAAUUAGCAGUGACCUGAAAAUAGACUCCAGCACCGUGGAAAGGAUUGAUGAUAGCCAUAACCCAGGCAUUGCCAUGAUACAGUUUGCAGUUGGAGAGCAUCGGGCACAGGUAAGCGUUGAAGUCUUGGUAGAAUAUCCUUUUUUUGUAUUUGGACAAGGUUGGUCAUCCUGUUGCCCUGAGAGAACGAGCCAGCUCUUUGAUCUGCCAUGCUCCAAACUCUCCGUUGGGGAUGUCUGCAUAUCACUUACACUCAAGAAUCUGAAGAACGGCUCCAUUAAAAAGGGCCAGUCCAUGGACUCAGCUAGCAUCUUGCUGAAGCACUCUAAGAAUGACAGUCUGACUAGUAGUAGACAUCGGUAUGCGGAGCAGGAAAAUGGUAUUGAUCAGGGAAGUGCAAAGAUGUCAUCCGAGAAUGGCGAACUGAAGUUUCCAGACAAAAUAGGAUUGCCUGCAGCAUCUCUGCUCACGAAAUCAGAACCCAGCAAGCCCACAGCAACCAGGAAGAGGAGGUGGUCAGCCCCAGAAUCCCGAAAGCUCGAGAAGUCGGAAGAGGAGCCACCGUUGACUCUUCCCAAACCUUCUUUUAUUCCUCAGGAGGUUAAGAUUUGCAUUGAAGGGCGCUCUAACGUAGGCAAGUGAAGUCUGUUUAGGGAAACGAAAUUAGGCUAUCCCUUGUCAUUUUUAUCCAGAUUACUGUACUGUAGGCUAAAAUAACCCAGUAUUUACAUGUUAUCUUCUUAUUUUAGGUUUAUGUUAUAACCUUGUUGUUAUAGUUGCAGCUGGUAUUAUGCAGGAGACUGGUGCAUAGUUCCCCCCCUACCCACCCCAAGUGUUCAUCAGUGAUUAUUUUUUUAUCAAGAGCUACAGAAAGGGCAGGUUCUGCGUCAUCCCCACCCUUUGUGGAAGCAAAUGUUGUCGCAGCUCUUGUUUUCCAGCACUUCAAGCAGAGUAAGCCUCAACUUUCUGCGAGGAAGAAAUGGGAACUGUAGCAGAGAUGAACACUAUUGCCCGAUUUCAGCAAGAGGGUGGGACUGGAAAGUCCACCAUGUUUGAUAGUUCUCUCAAUGGGCAACUAUUGGAAAUUCAGUCCAGAAGUAAGAACAGAGAACUCAGCAGUCUCUGAGGCUUUGCACAAUAAGACCACCUUUUUUUUAAGUUUCCCCAACUUCGCCACAUGUUUUUCUGAAUCCCCAACCCCAUCCUCCACCCUGCAAUAGGGGUGUCUUGACUGCACUAUUUUUUAUUAUUAUUAUUGUUAUUAUUAUUAUUAUUCUCCUCAGAGACUGCCACACGAAGAUUUCAUUUUCAGUUGCUAGUCCAGCUGCAUAGCAAAGGUGUAGCAACUCAUUCUUGCUUUGCAAACAUCGAGGAUUUCUUCAAAAGUAGGACAUUGUUGCCUCAGGCCUAGUGAGUGUCAAAUCGGAGAGACACCACCCUCACUAGACCCCGCUAGAGCUCUCCAUUACGUGUGUACAGGGUUAAAGGAAACAGAGUUGGGCAAAGGUACUUAUUGGAUUAUAGUUCUCAGAAGCCUCCAGUCAGUGUGGAUACUAGCCAUACUGGCUAGGAAGUUCUGGGAACUGCAAUCCAAUGAAGCAACUUUGUCAAGUUUGACAGAGAUCCAUUGAGUGUUGCCACUGACAUUUGCUUCCACAAGGCAAAUAUGCACUGCCCCUUUGAGAGAGAAUGAACAGUUUGCAUUUAAGUUGCAAAUCUUUGUCUUUUAACUCUAGUACUGUUUUAGUUCCAUCUUGACUAUGGACAACUAGUGCCACUUUUUUUCAAAUUUCAGUGUGACACAAGGAAGUGGAUGUCGAAGAUGAACAUAGAAUGUCUUUAAGCACUUACAAUGCUGUUCACACUUUUGUUGCUGAGCAUCCUGGCUUAAUACUCGGCAAGUACUGUAUCUCACUUUAAUCUCUUUGAGGAGAGAGGAAAAAAGCAAAGAAAGAAACUGAUCUCUUCAACACUGUUAACUACAUACAAGCUUAUGUAGAGGUUUCUCACAAGCAAGAUGUUGAAAGUUUUUCAUGUGAUUUCAAAGGGAUGAAUGUGAAUUAUGAACUGGUCUGUGACAGUCAUUGUCCACAAGGACUACUUAAUAGGAGGCACUUUUAAAACUUUAAUGCUUGUGAAAGAGUUAAAGGCAUAUGCGAGCUGACAGAUAAUAAAAGAAUUAAGAGAGAGUAUAAAAGAAAGAAGAAAAAUCAUUAUUGUCCAGUGUUUUUGAAAAAAAAAGAUGGACUUUAAAGAAUCUUGCAAUUUGCACAUCUUGAGUUUAUCAUUUGCGUGGUAUUCCUGCAGUUUUUACCUAAUAAUUUUUGGGGAAGGGAGAGGGACUGAAAAAGCUUAAACAAAUGUAGCAAUUACUUACUAACCUGCCUAAUGUCUAGACCAUUUUUGUAGGGUUAGGUUUCCUUUCAACCUCUUUAUUUUCUUUCUACCAUAUCUGUCAUCCUGAACCAGGACGGACUCUGAGAAUUUCUCUUCAGAUUUUGCUGAGUUUUCCAUAAGAGUCACUUUGACAUGGAAGCAAGUUUUGGUUUUUUGAUUUUAAUUCUAAUCCAUUGUUAUUUUAUUGUUGUGAAUAUUACUUUUUUCUUACCUUGAAUAACGUCUUUUCCAUUAUUAGUAGAUGUCAAAGUUUGGUACAAAACAGGACGAUGGGUAGAAGGUUUACCCAGUUAAGCUCUUUUAUUAUUGGUGUUGUUACUGUUCCCAGAAAUCUGAAACAAAUUUGAGAGUGGAUCCAGAGAUCCCAACUCCUGCUGAUUCUGUGGCUUCCAUCUUGAAAUCCGUUCCCAAUUAAUAGCCACAUUAAAGCCCUGGUGACUACUCACACAGAGGAGUGAUAUAACAAUAUCAACCUGUGAAAAAAAUUCAGAUCAAUAAACAUACAGCCUACUUUUUGAGUCUAGCUAAUGAAAUUACUACAUUCAUUUCUAAAGAAUUAAAUUAGGGUCUCCUGAUGAGAAGUAAUUGGCAUUUUCACAUAUGAAACUUCAGUUGGGUUCUCUUUGAAUUGGUUUGUAAUGUGAAUAUAAAAUCCAUGUUAGCAUGUUUUGUCCAUGUUAACAUUGUUCACUUGUGGUACAAAUAUAAUAGAGGCUCAAAUAUUGUAUCUUGUGUGAAAAUGGUGCAAGAAUGUGUCUGUGUUAGCUCCAGCUUGUCAAGGGUAGGUGAGCAAGCAUGACUCUUCUUCUUUCCCCAUUUGCAAUUGCUUUUUGAAGUUAACUGGGGUGAGGAAGGUAGAUGAAAGGACAUGUUGCCGGUACAAAUAAAGGCUGUUUGCCCUUAUUUCUUUCCCAUGAUCAUUCCACUUGCCCUAAGGUAGCCACUCUCCUCAAUGUGGCUUUCUUUGGGGAAUGAAUGAAGCUGAAAUAGAGAAUUUGCACAUCUCUGUUACUCAAGUGAAGGGGAAACAUCACAAUUUGCCUAGAUUCAAGCAAUGUUUAAUUGACUUGCCCGGCAAGAAUUCAUCUCUCUUGAUCAAGACUUUGACCCUGAAUGCUGUCCUGCUUUCACUGGGAACCUGUUAAUCUGAGGCCUAUUGAAAUCUAGAAUCUAAAUUUUAGAAAUCAGAACAGAUUCUAAAAGCAAAUUCCCCCCAAUGUUCAUUUUCCUUUCCUAGUUCCUUAUAAAUGUUUCAAAAGGAAAAUGACUCCCACUCUACCCUCCCCCCCCUUCAGUUCUUAUGUCUCUUUGUUACUUGAACCUUAGCUCACACCAGAACUAAUCAUUUUUGUACCAUUUUCUGGGGUGCACCAAAAAUGUGUUUAAGUUUGAAAAUAGCUUGAAAUCUUUCUUGAAUUGUUGUUGUUAUAACCUCUCAGUAAUUCACCAAAUAGCUGAGCAGGUUCCUUCUUACAAUCAUACGGCUUAUUUAGUGCUGUAAUAUUUUUUUUCAACUUUUCUGCUCAGAGAACUUUGCUUAAUCUUCCAUAAACUCUGCUCAGGGCACUUUCCAUUUAUUGUUUUUUGGAGUUUUAUUUUGGCAUUUUGUUUUGUUUUUGUUUUGUUUUCGUUUCAAUCUCUGAUGGUGAGAAGAAUAGAAAGACACGGGGCAGAAUUCCCUAUUUUGUUCCCAUCAGUACCACUAUUCUCAUGUGUACUCAGAGAGCAUCAUUCAUAUAAGGAAGCAGGGAUUUUGGAACUGACCGCAUCUAGUAGACACUAAAAAGUAAAAACUAGUAAUAAAAAGGUUGGAGCAAUAGGAAUGUAUUUGUUCUCUGCUUGCAUUGCAGACUUCGAAUCCUGCAAUCGCGGCUCUUUUUCCAAACAUUGUUCCCUUUUGUUAUGCUUUUGCUUUUUUAGCAUGUGCAAUAUUUUAUGUGCCAAUUUAGAUUCAUCCAAUUGGUGACAGGUAAACCCUUCCCCUGCCAUUUUUUGUGUGUGAAAUCUAGGGCCUUAUACUCCCUUGGUCUUUGAUGGGGACAGAAUGUCUCCACACGCCAAAACUUCUGGCACCCAUGGAGUGAGGGCUCUAUAACGCUCUUAUCUUAGCCCACAUGGCCUCUAUGUUUAAAAAAACAAUCAUCCAACAGAGAAAACAUAUUAAAUCAUACCCUUACCUCAGAGGAUAUUAAAGAUGAAAAGGAUUAUUUGGGAUGGGACAAAUUCUGUGAAAAUGAAUGAUCUACAAAUCAAUAAUUGGGUACUUUUGGGUGGUGCAAACAACAUUCUACAGAGUUGCCAGCAUUAAAUUCUAUUGUGCACCUUAACUAUGAGUGAUCUUUACCUUGCAUUGAAGAGGGUGAUAAAUACCCCCUUUCAGAGGAGCAAAGCACAUAUGUCCUCUGUUUCUGAACAGCGUGUGAUUGAGGAAAGGUUACUUCUGGAUAUGGGUGGGUUUGUUUGUUUGUUUGUUGGAUUAGAUGUACAGAAGGGUUUGGCUGGACUCCUUUUGGAGUGGUAGUCCCAUUCCCAAUGCUCCUUUACAAACUCUGGUUUAGUGAAUCCUGUCUCAUCCUUGGAACACCCAGAGUCACGCUUUUCUUUUUGGUUGAGGACCUGAACUAGUCUAUUUGUGGUCUAAUUCUGUGGAUUCUCACAUUUUACACAUUUUGCAUUUCCCAAAAUGAUCCUACGUAAAUUCAGGUCCUGUUGAUGUCCACCAUAGAAGGUUGCGUAGUCCCUUUGUCCUCAAGAACAACUGGAUUAGAAAUGUGAGCCCUGUGCUCUAAAGUGCCAUAAUAUCAUUUGGGGUGGGGGGGGGGGAAUAAUCUAAUUUUACAAAGAAUAAGCCCACCAGUAUUCUUGAAACUGUCCUUCUAAAGUUCUGCUUCACAGAAUCAUUCCUUUCCCAUUUCUUCCUGUUGGUUAAAUAGCAAUGGAAAAGUACAGAAAAUAUUUGAAGACCAUUCAGAUAAAUCACAUUGCAAGAGGCCUCUAUACAGUGCCCACAUGGCAAUAUUAACUGACACAAGUUGUGUAUUUUUUUCCUUUGUUUUUGUACCAGAUCUGUUUUAGUUUACAAUGAAACUCAUACAAUCACCAAUAAAAUUCGUCAGGGCAAAGAAAAAGAAAAAAAACAGAACCUCUUUAUAGGAAUUUCUAAAUAAAUAUAUCUAUAUAUCUAUAUCUAUAUCUAUAUAUAAUGACUGUUCCUCAUAGUGUUUAACUUAGGUAUCAUUUCAGUUUGUCUGGGCCACAUCAUGAGGGUUUCAGAAUGCAAUGUCACUUACCUUGUAUCCUGUAAGUUAAACAUGGAUUAUUCUUACAUUUUAAAAAAAUCCCUUCUUUUUCUCCUUCCCCUUUCCCUACCCUUCUUUAGAAAAAUGCAUGUCUUAUCCAUCUAUUUUAAUCCUGAUGUCGCUUUUAAAUUUGUUGGGGGGCGGGCGGGGAACUGAUGCAGGAAGUGACAUCACUAUUAUUGUUUCCCUAAAUCAAGCAACAUUUGGAAACCUUUCACACCUCUUACUCAGGGAUGGGGCUGGUGUAUGUGUGGUACACUGAUGUGACCAGAAGGAGCACUUUUACUGCUCUGGAGUAGGGAUGUUCAAUUCCAAGGAGACGUUUGGAUUUCCUGGAAGGUCAUAUAUUAACUUCCCAGAUCGAUCACAUAGAUUGCAAUAGGAAGCAGCAGAUCUAGUGUGAACUGGAGCUUUUGGUUAUGGAUAAAAUUCAUGAUAUGCACAGUGACUUGUGUUCCAUAGAUAAGUUGCCAAGCAAUUUGGGGGGGGGGGGGGGGGGGGGGAGUGACCCAUAACAGUGAUAGUGUAUGAAUACAAUGAGAAUGCUAUUUUAAAGACAAUUUGUAUUUCUUCUAAUGUUCAAACAUGAGUUCUUAAAUAUUUCUUUUAUGCCAUAGAUAUCCAAGUAACAGUGUUGUAAAGCCCUAUUUACAUUUUCAGGGCUUCAUCCUGUAAGGAUCAUGAUUUUCCCUGAUCCUUGAAAUAUGUUGGGUCACCUAUUUGAAAUCAAUCCAAUUGUAUGCUUUGAAACAUCAGAGGUACAUAUUGAUCAGUCCCGGGGCCCACUUGUGUAUAUUUCUCCUUGCAGCAUUGGAACUUUAAUUCCUUGGAGUGGUUUCAUGCAUCUGUUGGUUCAGGUAAUGCCAAACACUUCCACCUUGGUGUAGGUGUUUAGGGCUUAAAUCCAGUUGUUAGUCCCAAAUAGAGUAGCUCUUUUGAUCAACUGCUGAAUAAAAAGUCAACCUUUAUGUCAAUCCCUUAUUUAUACCCAGUUCAGUUGAGAAAAAUAGACCUUUAUGUGUCACAUCUAAUGUGGAAUGAAAUUUGUAAACAGCAAUAUGUGACCUGCAUUCUCUCCUCCUCCUUCCCUCCAAUACCCCAAAAUCAUUACCAAUAACGAUGCUGUCUAGCCUAAGGAUAGACACUGUGGUAGUGUGAAAACAAAGGGAAAUUGUUCCAUAUGUCUGGUUCAAGCAGAAUGUGCUUAGUGCUUUUUAAAUGCUUAUAACUCUGACAAUUCCUGAAAAAAAUAAGAGAAUGAAUAGUUUCCCAAACUGUAGUUGUUGUUUUUGAGAGCACAAGAAUAUUCUGUUGAUUUCCUUUGUAGUUUCCAAGAGCAGUAUUGUGGUUUUAUUUUUCCUCCUGAUAGGGAAAUUCCAAACAAGUUGCACACUUCUACUCCAGAGUUCAAUUUCUUUUACAUAGAAGACCUCGCUUCUGACGUGUUACCUUACUGAUAGGAUCUUUACUUGUAGCACUAUUAACUCGUGGGAAUAUUUUUUUAUGUGAACCUGAUUUGAUGAAAAGCUUAAACAAACUUUUUUGAAGCACUCACAUUGAGAGGACUACAGGUAAUGUUUUAUAUAAAAAAUUGCACAAAAGAAACAUGAAUGUUGGAAUGAUUCAUUCAGUGUUUGAAAAGCGAUGGAUAUGUUGAAAUCGUGUGUUGUUUGUAAAAAUGAAAUAAAAGUACAAAAGCCGAGAAA